GAUUGACCAAAAGAUACAGUUUCCUCUCUACACCGUCCACUUUCAUUGUACAGAAAACAGCCGCGUCAUCAUUUCAAUAAAAACUAACUGAGAAAAGAGAAAAUAAACCACCUUCAGUGUAGAUAGUGACAAAAAUGCCAACUAUUCCUUUAAAACUGUUCUUGAGUAGUAUAUAAUCUUCGUUCUCAGAAAGUGAAACGACAAUUCAGCGGGAAGUGUGUAAAGUUUGGACCGCACUGAGGCGUCGUGGUUAAUAACCUACAAAACUUGUGACUAUGAGUGAGCAGUCGGGGAAAUAGAAGUAUACCAUUUCGUUCAAGCGAGCAUAAUGAGCGAAAAGGGUUGCUGUGAUUCAGUAGGCGAGUGUUUUUUUGACUACCACACGUCAAAAAUAUUGGUAAUAAGAAGUAAGAAAGUGGGAACGCUGAAUCGGUUCACUCAAGCUUUAGUCAUAGCCUACGUGAUCGGGUAUGUGUGUGUUCUUAAGAAAGGCUACCAGGACACGGACACCGUCCUCAGCUCUGUCAGCACCAAAGUAAAAGGCAUUGCACUGACAAACACCAGUGAGCUGGGUGAAAGGAUCUGGGAUGUGGCUGACUACAUCAUCCCACCUCAGGAGGAUGGAUCAUUCUUUGUGCUGACCAAUAUGAUCAUCACACCAAAUCAAACACAGUCAAAAUGUGCUGAGAAUCCGACCCCAGCAUCCAUAUGCACUUCUCACAGGGACUGCAAAAGAGGCUUCAAUGAUGCUCGUGGAGAUGGUGUUCGAACAGGCAGAUGUGUCGAUUACAAUGACACAGUGAAGAGUUGUGAAGUGCUGUCCUGGUGUCCUUUAGAGAAGAUUGUUGAACCCCCAAAUCCACCACUUCUGGCAGAUGCUGAAAACUUCACAGUACUCAUAAAAAAUAGCAUUCGUUAUCCCAAAUUCAAUUUCAACAAAAGGAAUAUCCUACCAAAUGUAAAUAGCUCCUACUUGACACAGUGUGUGUUCAGCCGUAAGACAGACCCUGACUGCCCUAUCUUCAGACUCAAAGACAUCGUUGAAGAGGCUAAUGAGGAUUUUCAGACCAUGGCAGUCCAUGGGGGAGUGAUGGGAGUGCAGAUCCUGUGGGAUUGUGACCUUGACAUGCCACAGAGCUGGUGUGUGCCUCGCUACACUUUCCGCAGGCUAGAUAACAAAGACCCUGAAAAUAACGUGGCCCCCGGAUACAACUUCAGAUUUGCUAAAUAUUACAAGGACAGCGAUGGCACAGAGACUAGGACACUUAUCAAGGGUUAUGGAAUUCGCUUUGACGUCUUGGUAUUUGGCCAGGCCGGAAAAUUUAAUAUCAUACCAACACUUCUGAACAUAGGUGCAGGCUUGGCACUUUUAGGCUUGGUGAAUGUUAUCUGUGAUUGGAUUGUCCUGACAUUUAUGACAAGAAAGCAACAUUACAAAGAGCAGAAGUAUACAUAUGUAGAUGACUAUGGACUUUUAUCCAAUGAAGAAACAUAGAAGAUCUUCAGGCUACCGAUUCAAAACUAAUUCUUUGUAAAUUUCAUCAUGAAGAGAUAUAUUUCUCAGGUUUACUAAAUGAAGGAUCAACGUUAUAGUGAAUAAAAAAAUAUAUUUGGAUGAAAUUAUCAGUGUGAUUGAUUUAUUCGCUAGCUUUGUGGGUUCUGUGGGCAAAAAAAAGACACAUAAAUGUCUCUGGAAAAAAAGAA